CCCUAUACCCUCUUACGGACGGGCCUCUACUAUGGGCAGUCGCGCUACUAAGAAUCAACCUGGGAUGGAUCUGGUCGGAGUGGAAGAGGGUCUUAGAUUUCUUAGAAGAGCAAACAAGCCUCCCCGAUUUAGAGCACUGUUAUCUUCGACGAGGAGAUGGGACAGAAUCUUCUUUUUGAUGACAGUAGCUUCACCAACGCCAGAAGGUAUUUCUGGGCCCUCCAGUCACUGCGAGUGUUCGAUGACCAUAUCUCGGGAACGGUCCGUCUACUCAAGGAGAUGAUCAGAUCGAUCGACGAGGACUCCCACAGCCGGUCUGGAGAGUCCGAGAACCAGAUACAGGAAGAUCUCUUCAACGAGCACAGGGCGAUACUGGACGAACUUCGGGCGAGAAUCGAACGAAAGCGCCAGGAGAUUGAGAGUCUAAACAACGGUCUUUUCUCAGCCUCAUCGGUAGCCGAGGCACGUUUCUCUUCGGAACAGAACGGCAACAUUCGCCUCUUGACCCUCGUCACCAUUGCAUACCUCCCUUUGUCUUUCGUGGCUACGAUCUACGGCAUGAAUGUCCUCCCGGAAGGCACGUCGCUUGGAUCCUUCUUCGUUGCCACUGCCGUCCUGAGCGUCAUCACCUUUGCCAUCGUCUUCAACUUGCAGCUCUUAACCGUCUUUAUCCGCCGGCAUCUCUUCGGCAAAGCCCUGGACAGCAUGCGUCUGGACCCGAGCCCGCAAUGGCGAGACCGAGCGCAGCACUUGCGGCAGGAGGGAGCGAACAAGCGGAAGUCGUUCCCGGCGAGCAAAUGGCUCUAUCUGGGCUAUCUCUUCCACCUUGUCUUCGAUCGCAAGGCAGCACCGCCGUCGGCUGAGAAGGGGAGAAGGGAUGACAGUCAUACGGUGUAACUUGGGAGAAUGCACAACACGUUGUGAGCAGACUUUACGACUAUCGAGUUAUUACGUCGUUGUAUAACUAGGAUCAUGCGGGAACAUUGAUAUUCAGAAUGCUCUCGACGCUCCUCCCCGUCUCUAACUGUG